GCCAGGUGUGUGACGUCACGGAGGCCUCCGCAUUCGCUAACACGCUAAAGUAGGAAUGAAAGUCUCAUGUUCGCUGCUGCUCCUCCAUGCGCUCUACCGGGCGGCCUGGGCGUGUGCGGCCGAGGCGGAGGGCACCAGCUCGGACACGCUGGUCCUGUGCAGGGCGUGCGGACACCAACUGGCGUCCGGCUCGGACAUGGGCUCGGUGCCCAGCCGCCUGGCCCUGUCCGCCAGCAACCACACGCUGCCCGGGGGCCGCAGCGUCCACGUACAGGUGUUCCAGAACCCGCACGGCCGCCGCUUCCACGUGGUCGUCUUCAAGAAGGCGGACGUGGUCACGCGUGGGCCGGCGGACGAACGCUUCUCUUGGUUCCCGGGCUUCUCGUGGACGGUGGUCACGUGUCCCCAGUGCUCCACACACCUAGGUUGGGCCUUCCAGCCCACUUCCUGGCCCCAAACGACCUCGGAGUCGGAGCAGACCUUCCUGGCUCUGAUAGUCCAUCGCCUGCUGAGAGAAGACUUCGCCUCCAGCCUGCUGGUGACCCCUAAGUCCUUCACCGGCUGACAUGUGCAGCAGUCCACGUCCACACAUAUUAUUGAAACUAAGCUUUGGGACCCUGAAUGUCAACUAAAACUGGCGCUUUUUUAAUAACAAGAACAUGGUGGACUAGGAGUUGAUGAGUUAAUCCUCACAAACAAAUGUCAACAGAUUUUUUUAGUGUUUCAAAACAAACACUUUGGGACCCAGAAUGUCAACUAAAACUGGCGCUUUUCUAGUAACAAGACGAACAUGGUGGACCAGGAGGAGUCAGUCCUCACAGACAAAAGUCGACAUAAGCAUCUUUUAUUUUAGUUAUUAAAAACUACCACUUUUGGACCCUGAAUGUCAACUAAAACUGGCACUUUUUUUUAGCAACAAGAACAACAUGGUGGACCAGGACUUGGAUAAAUUGGUCUUCACAGACAAAUGUCGUGAACAGAUUUAAAAAAAAAUCAAAACGACUAAUUUGGGUCUCUUUAGGACCACUUUGGGACCCUGAAUGUCAACUAAAACUGGCACUUUUCUAGUAACAAGAAGAACACGGUGGACCCGGCGGAGAUGAGGAGUCGGUUCUCACAGACAAGUCGACAUAGGCAUCUUUUUUUUUAGUUAUUAAAAACUACCACUUUUUGGUCUCUUUAGGACCCUUAAUGUCAACUAAAACUGGGACUUUUUUUAGCAACAAGGUGGACCAGGACUUGAUCAGUCGGUCUUCAGACAAAAUGUCGUCGUGAACAGAUUUUUAAAAAAAAUCAAAACGACCAAUUUGGGUCUCUUUAGGACCAAUUUGGGACCCUGAAUGUCAACUAAAACUGGCGCUUUUAUAGUAACAAGAACAUGGUGGACCAGGAGUUGAGUCAGUCCUCUCAGACAAAAGUAUAAGUCUUUAGUUAUUCAAAACAACCACUUUUGGGUCUCUUUGGGACCCUGAAUGUCAACUAAAACUGGCACUUUACUAGUAACAACAAAACAUGGUGGCCCAGGAGUUGAGUCGGUUCUCACAAAUGUCGACAUAAGCAGAUUUUUGGGGGUUAUUCAAAACCACUUUUGAGUCUUUAGGACCAUUUUGUGACCCUGAAUGUCAACUAAAACUGUUUUUUUUUGUAAAAAGUACAACAUAAGGGACCAGGACUUGAUUCGGUCCUCAAAUGUCGACAUAACAGAUUUUUUUGAAGUUAUUAGAAACAACCACUGUCGGGUCUCUUUGGGACCACUUUGGGUCCUUCACCAGCUGACACGUGCAACAUUCCACGUCCACACGUGUGUACACGUUACCUUUUAUUAUUGAAACAAAGCAAGUUUACACCUCAAACUUUAAACACUUUCUUUCCCCCCAGGAGAAAAAGGAAGGUGAUUUAAAUGACAAACUUUUCAUGAAGCGAGUGGGGGCCAAAAUUUACAAGCUUGGUUGUGGUUUUAGUAUUUUUUUUUUUUUUUUACCCAUUUUGUUCUUUAUUAAAAAUGUCAUUUCAAAUUCAAUGGAUCUGUAAAACAAUACAAUGAAAACAAAAAAGUCCCACAGAAAUGGCGUCAAAAUACCCCCAGGAGGAGCCCUACAUGACAAAGGAAUGAGCCGACACUUGUUAACCACGUGGGGGGAAAAGUUCUCUUCUUUUCACGGCAUCCACGCCCCCAAGUGAAAGAAAACUGGUGAGGUCUGCUAGUGCUAGGUCACUACAACAUGGCUUUAGUCAACCAGGAGGAUUUAUUUGGGUGUCGCGCGUCUUCAAAUUCUAGUUUUAUUAUUACUCAUCAGGUGACCCUGGGAUGGACUCACAAUUGAGGGCCGAGUGCCGUGGGCCUUUAGACCAGUCAAAGAAAAAACAGAUGUGGCACCCGCGGGUGAAGAAGGGGCUUCAGAGUGUCGGAUGAAGCACGCAUGGACUUAAAAAACAAAAAAAAACUAAACCAAAAAUAAAAAUAAACCUUUGCUCCCGAACAUGAGUUAACCAAAUAGGGAAUAGAAAGGUGAGGAGGGCGGGGCUUCUUCAUCGCUUUCAGUCGUCUUCUCCCUCGUCGUCCUGGAACACAAAUUAUUAUUUUUAAGUACUUGCUAAAAAGAUGGAUAUAUGUAUGAAAUAUUUACAAUUAUUUACUGAAAAAUUUGUGUGUAUAUAUGUAAUAUAUAAAAGUAUUUACUAAAAAGUGUGUAUGAAAUAUUUAAACAUUUACAAAAAAAUGUGUGUAUAUGUAAUAUUUAAAAGU